UGUGCAGUGCAUAGUACUAGCCAAUGUUGCUACAAAACUCGUGACCUCGGUUUGCACCAUGCUCUGAGUUGUUUGAUAUGACUCGGCGAAGAACCGAACAUCGGAAACGGAGCGGUUUGCAAAUGCCGCUUAUCGGCUGAGCUACAUUGCCGUUGUCGGGAGGAUGAGAAUCUAAUACAAGCCGGGCAUCAUGGAAUAUCAUGAUAGAGCCACUCGGGCAUAAUUGUCGAACUCACUACUCGAGAGUGCCGGGCUCUAGCUCUAGUGCAAGAACUGAUCAUUACUAGCAGCAAGCCAUCCAUCAGUAUGGCCUCAUUUGCGAGCAAUACCUUUUCUCACCAAUUAUAUGCAGCGUUCCGGCCAACAUACUCAAAGCAGCUCUACUCCGCCGUGCUUGCAUAUCAUAGAGGCCCGUCAAGGACAGCCCUUGACUUGGGAACAGGCCAUGGUUUAGUCGCUCGCGAGCUCAGUCCACAUUUCCAGCGGGUCCUCGCCAGCGAUCCAUCCGCAGGGAUGAUCCAAGAGGCACGGCAGCUGUCCACCGGUUUUCCCAACAUAACCUUCCACCAAGAAAGAGCAGAGGAGUGUCUCUUCGCUGAAGAUGCGCAAGUAGACCUAGUAACCGCUGCGCAGAGCGCGCACUGGUUCGACUAUGCCAAGCUGUGGCCGGAGAUGAGAAGAAUUGUCCGAUCCGGAGGCACGCUGGCUUUCUGGGGCUACAAGGAUCAUGUGCUGGUGUCCUACCCCGGAGCAACCAAUAUCAUCAAUGAGUAUGCAUAUGGGCAAGAUCCUUGGCUGCUGGGAAGCUACUGGCAGCAGCCAGGUCGGAGCAUAGUGCAACAGAAACUGCGAGCUGUCCAGCCGCCGGUCGAGGACUGGGAAGAUGUCACUCGUGAUGAGUAUGAGCCUGGAGCAGAGGGAGGUACACGGUUCAUGCAUGCGAGGAUGACUUUGGGGUCCAUGGAGGAAUAUGUCAGAACAUGGAGCUCGUUUCAUGCAUGGCAGAGGAAAUGGCCCGAUAGGACGAGGAGGGCUCCUGGGAAUACCGAUCAACGUGGUGAUAUUAUUGAUGAGAUGAUGGACAAGAUUCGAGCGACUGAGCCGUCCUUUCAACGAGAUGAUUGGAAAGAUGUGGAGGUGGAUGUUGAAUGGGGGAGUGCGUUGAUUUUGGCGAGAAGAAGGUAGCCUCCAUGCGAACCUAUUAGCGACAUGGAUUCCAAUGGAAACAUGAAGAUGUAAACUGACAAAAAUUGCCGAC